CACAAUUUGAUAAUAUCAUAAUCAGUUUAUCAUCUACACAGAAACCCUAGAAAUCAUUAUCUUCUCAAAUCAUUUCAAUCAUCAAUGGAUUUCUUCAGAUCUAUAUUAUCAGAUGAUCCAGAACCUGAAUCUCCACACAAUCACUCACAAUCCGAUUCAAAUCCGAUCCAAAAUCACUCACCAAAUCAUUCAGAAACCGAAGCUGAUGAAGAAGACGAAGAUUCCACUUCAAAUCUCAAUUCAUCCGACGACGGCAGCGGUGGAGCUAGCAGCGGUGGUGGCGGUGGCGGUUUAUGGAGCUUAGGAGAUCUAGUGAAAACGUUAACUACGAAAUCGGAGUCAGUUUUCGAAACCUACCGGCGAGAUCUGCAGGAAUUCGGUACUGGAUUGAGGAAGGAAUCGGAUCUGUUCCGUGAAGUUGCGAGCCGUGCGGUGAAGGAGUUACCGGCGUCGAUCGACGUCGGAACGUCGGCGAUUGACGGAGUGUUGAAAUCAACGGCGGAGAUUAUCGCACAAGGUAAGGAAGUUUUACUUGCGUCUUCUGAUGUUGAUGAAUCUGAUAGUUCUGAUAGGUAUAAUAAUAGUGAACGUAGUGGUGUGGAUUUGAAUAAUUCGGUUAGGUAUAGUCGGUUUGAUGCUCAAUUGAAUGCUAUUAGGAGUGAUGUGAGAGUGUUUGUUGAGGAUCCUGAGGAUGUAGAGGACUAUAAUAAGUGGAAGUUAGGGUUUGUGGUUGGAGAUAAGAAGGAUGAGAUUGAGGAAUUGAUCGGAGAGAAUGGCGGUUUGGAGGAAGUUUAUGCGAAACUUGUGCCGAAUGAGGUUGAUGAUGGAACGUUUUGGUUUAGGUAUUAUUAUAAGGUGUAUAAGCUUACAUUGCAAGAGGAAAUGAGAGCUAAGCUUGUGAAGCGAUCGUUGUCGGUUGAUGAUGAAGAAGAAUUGAGUUGGGAUGUUGAUGAUGAUGAUGAAGAAGAAGAAGAACCACAGCAACAUCAUAAAUUAGAACCAGCUGAUUCGGAAGACGGUAGAAAGAAACAGAGCACUGAUGACAAAAUCGAAACUAAAAGUUCUAAGAUUGUUGAUGAAGAUAAGGAGAUGAUAAUCAAUGUGGUUAGUGUUGAUAAGAACAGUGUAGAGGAACCGAAGCUCACUAGUGAAAUUAAAACUCAUGUUGAGGAAGCUGAGUCGGUGCCAAAAUCUGGUGAAACAGUUGACGUCAAACCGGAUUCGGGUGAAGCGAAAGAUAGUAAUGUCAUGGUUAAAUCAAGCGAGCCUUCAUUUCAAGAGGAUGAGGAUCUCGAGUGGGAUGAGAUCGGAGAUCUUGGGAAAACUGAUGACAAGAAUGUAAUUCAUGGUGACACAACAACAAACAAAGCCGAUCUGCGCAAGCGAUUGAGUACUGUUGCGGAUGAGGAUGAGGAUUUGAGUUGGGAUAUUGAAGACGAUGACGAGCCUGUAAAGUCAGGUAAUAAGUGAUGCAUGACAUAAGUUCAAUUGCCUAAGGUGAUUUGCAUUGCGUUUGUGUGAUAAAUUUGUUGUAAUUGUGUCUACGUUUUCGUUUUUGUCAAAAUCUUGUUCCUGUCGUUUUAGAAAGCAGGCAUUCUUAUGUGAAUUGCAAUUAAUACUUGUUCACAAUAAUACAUGUUUCAUAUGUUGCUACUA